AUGACGCAGGUCGCCCGAUGGCUUAUGGCGCUGGCCGCGGUCGCCGAGAGCUUGGUCUCGAUCCCGCUCCUGCGCGAGCACGCCCGAGCGCUCACGGCGAGCAGCACCAUCUUUGAGCAGCGCGUGGGCGAGAGCCGAGGUGUCCGCCACGCAGCGUUGUACUUGGGUGUCCCGCCGCAGCGCGCGCUCGUGGUCAUUGACACGGCAAGCGACUGGACAGCGGUCGUUGCAAACUCCUGCAAGACGUGUGGCAACCACACGGAUCCUGGCUACGACGCGGCCAAGUCGACAGCCGCCGCGUACGACAACUGCACGUCCUUUAGCCAGUGCUUCCUCUGCGACUCGGCGCGCGCCGCGUGCGAGGUCCAACGGUCCUACGUCGACGGCAGUGGCUGGGCCGGCGCGGUGGUCACCGACCUUGCCUACAUUGGGCGCUUUGACGGCGAGUCGUCGGGUGAGAUUAUGCGCACGAACGGUGUGCGCCUGACGGUGGCCGCCCAGCUCAGCGCCAGCGGACCGAUCGUGACCAUGGCGGAGAACGGGAUCAUUGGCUUUUCGAAAGCAUCGACGACGUUCCUUGCGGCGCUUGUGGCGCAACAGCGCAUCCAGCGCAACGCCUUUAGCCUCUGCUUCUCGGCGUCGGGCGGCACCCUCGUGCUCGGUGGCAGCGACCCGUCGCUCUUCGCACCCCAAUCGGCCGCCACCGGCACUGUCGCCAUGCUGAGCUCGACCAAGUACCUCAUUCCGCUCGUCGACGUCCUCGUCGGCAGCACGUCCACCGCGGCGACGUCGUCCAUCAACAGCGCGGGCCUGAGCACGCUCGUCGACAGCGGGUCGUCGCACUCGUACCUACCCAACGCAGUGCGCGCGGCGUUCCUCGAGGCCUUUGCCGCUGCCACCAACACGGUCUUCUCGGACACUACGUCCUAUUCGCCCGACCAAGUCGCAAGCUGGCCCACCCUCACGCUGGUGUUUGCCGGAACAGCAACGCGCGUCCAGCUCGAGCUAUCGCCGGCCAAGUACACCUUUCUGACGGCCAAUGGUCAGUACAAGCUGGGUCUGCACUUUGCGGCGAGCGGAGUGGUCGGCGCCAACGCCAUGGUCGACGUCAAUGUACUCUUUGAUCUGGACGCGCAGCAGGUCGGCUUUACGCGCGCCAACUGCACGCUCACAACCGAGACCACGUCCGUGCUCACGCGGGCCAUCACGCCAGCACCGUCGUCGAGCGGCGUCCCGUCGUGGCGCGCGUGUCGACUCGUCCUCGCUGUUUGCGUCCUCUUCUCAACUCUGUAA